AAGGGAGGUUCUCAUCUCCAGUUUCAUCAGACGUCGAGACGUUGAUUGCUAGUAAAAAUGAAAUAUUCCGUAUCUCUACUGUGCUUGGCCUUUGUAGGGUCUGCUAUGGCGGCCACCACCUAUACUGACAAGUACGAUAAAGUUGAUUUAGAUGCCUUAAUGAGAAACGAACGUCUCUUCAAAAAUUAUGUGAAUUGUUUGCUUGACAAGGGUGCCUGCAGACCCGAUGGACUUGAAUUGAAGAAUGUUUUGCCUGACGCCCUGAAGACAGAUUGCCAAAAAUGUACUGACGCUCAGAAGGAAGGAACCAAGAAGAUCAUCCGUCACCUCAUCAAGAACAAACGAGACUGGUGGAACGAGCUAGAAGCCAAGUAUGACCCCAAGAAGGUGUACGUCACCAAAUACAGUUCAGAACUACGAAGUGAAGGCAUUGUACUCUGAAUGUUAGUUUGAUUUGAUGAAUUAGGAUUCGACCUGGAAAUCUCAAAUAAAAUAAAGUGUGAAAAACA